AUGCAAAUGAAGGGGGCGGAACCCGCAAAGCAAAACCGGCUCUGCCCCCGGACCUCGAAGAGACCCGCCGCAGCCUUCAGCCCCUUUCCACGAGCUCUGACGUCGCCGACGUCCCAUUUAAAAGCGGCCGCGCAGGCGCACUCGCCCGCCGCCCCGGGGCUUCAUGUGCCGGUUGUUAUAUCUUCCCUCCUUUUCUUUCCUCAGAUCGAAGCGGAUUUCCGAUUGAAUGAUUCUCACAAACACAAAGAUAAACAUAAAGAUCGAGAACACCGGCAUAAAGAGCACAAGAAGGAUAAGGAAAAGGACCGGGAAAAGUCUAAGCAUAGCAACAGUGAACAUAAAGAUUCUGAAAAGAAACAUAAAGAGAAGGAGAAAACCAAACACAAAGAUGGAAGCUCAGAAAAACAUAAAGACAAACAUAAAGACAGAGACAAGGAAAAACGAAAGGAGGAAAAGAUUAGAGCAGCUGGGGAUGCAAAAAUAAAGAAGGAGAAGGAAAAUGGCUUCUCUAGUCCACCACGAAUUAAAGAUGAACCUGAAGAUGAUGGCUAUUUUGUUCCUCCAAAAGAGGACAUAAAGCCACUGAAGAGACCUCGAGAUGAGGAUGAUGCUGAUUAUAAACCUAAGAAAAUUAAGACAGAAGAUAUCAAGAAGGAGAAGAAAAGAAAACUAGAAGAAGAAGAGGUUAGUAAAGGUUUUUGAGCUUUAAGCUUUUAU